AUGACAACAAAUAAUCAUAGUAUCGAGUCAGUGAGAAAGAUCUACGAUCAUGUUUGGCACUGGAUUGUCAAACAAACUUAUGAAAUCGCGGAUUCACCUAUCAAUUCAACCAACGUUAACAAUCGGAAAACCAAACCAAAUGGAAUCGAUCACAGUCAACAGACAAAGUCUUGUCAAAAUAUGAAAUGUAUCAUUUCGCCUAAACAAACACUAAUUUCAACCGCAAAAUGUGUCAAUGCAGACUAUUCUGAUAUGGAACGAAAUAACAUUUACGCUGAAACUCCUCCGAAAACCAAAUCAAUUCCAUUAUCGAUAUCACCUCCAACAUUAGUUAACGGUACCAAUCAUUACAUGCCUAUUCUUAAACAACAGCAACGACGUGUACAACCACCAUCAUCAGCAUCGUCCUCCUCAUCAUCAUCAUCAUCAAAUAAUACACGAAAUACCAAUACUAUGUCAACUUCGUCAGUGUCAUCAUUUUCAACUGCAACUUCUUCGUCACAAGCAACAACUCCAUCGAAUUCUUUUCGAAAUGAUGCAACAUCCAUUAUGACACGUUCUGCUGAUGCGUCGUCAUCAUGUGGAUUAGUAACACAAACAAAAAACGGAACAAAUAAUAUCAAGUCCAAGUCAACAUAUGACAUUGAUGUAUCAAUACCAGAUCGAUCAAGACAGCAGAUCAAAGAAACACUGAGCAACAACAAUAAUAAAUGCGCAAAUUCAUUAACAAACGGCAAUUUUGUUCCACUGCAAGUUGUUAAAGAAGAUGAAUGUUUAGAAGUCGAUGAAGAUCGUAAACAACAAUGUUCGAAGCUAUUGGUUACAUCUCUAUCUUUACAUAUUAAUUUACAGAAUGGCGAUGAACAACAACGUAUGCUGAUCGACAUACUCAAACAAAAAUAUCCACGACAACAUGUUUCAUCGUCAGCUGUAGCGACACCAAUGAUGCCACGAACCAAUUCACCUCAUCAACGUUCGUCAUCGACUGAUCCAACGGAUGAAGAAUUAACAACAAGUAUGACAAAUGGUUUUGUUCGUGGUCAACGUAAUCGUUCAAGUCUACCCUUUAUCAUUAAACCCGCGUCGAACAUUUCAAAAGCGAAUUCACUUGGCUUGUGUUUUCUAAUUUGCGGUGAUGAAACAAAAAAAGUUCUUCUUCCAUCAUACAUUUCGUGCAUAGAUACACUCAAGGCAUUAUUUGUUCGAGCAUUUCCGCAACAUCUAACUAUGAAACAGAUGGACACCGACGACGUACGAAUUUAUAUACGUGAACCGGAUAAAGAUAUAUUCUACCAAUUAGAAGAUAUGAGUGAUGUCAAAGAUCGUUCCGUCCUCAAAGUCGUUCAACUAAACAAUAAUCACAAUAACAAUAAUCAUCAUCCCAAACCGCAAGUUUCAUUCAAAGAACCCGAGUCAGAUGAAAUAUCUAUUUAUGUACCGUUUACAUCACGGCCAACAUUAGCAAGUGAAAUAACUUAUCAGCGAUUGAGUCGACUCGGCCGUAUGCCAUCAACGACAUCCGUGCUAUCAACAGCAAGAAGCGGUUCAAUUGAAGAUAAAUCAACAUCAUAUGUGUCUGCUAAUUCACAAAUAUCAUCGAACUCAACUUCAUCACGAUCUCUUAGUGAACCACGACGUCGAAUCAGCAAUAAUGACACAACAUCUACUGUGAAUAAUCAAACACAUACAAAUUCUAAUUCAUUAGCCCCGAAGGGUAUACUUACAUCUCCGAGAAGUGGUUCGACGACGCCGACAACACCUCGAUUCAACGAUGAUGAUGCUCAAAGUAAAAUGAUCUGGAUGGAGAAACAAUUGGAAUCAUUAACUGAAUUAGUCAAAGAACUGACACGUGAACGUACAUUGAAUGAACAAAGACUGCUAACCAGAACAGAUAUGAAUGCAGAAAAAAACAUUAAUGGCAAAUCAUUACGUCAACAAUUACAUGAAUUAAAAAUGAAAAUGCACACAUUACGCAACGACUUAGUAUCAAUACGACGACUGCAACAAUCAUUAAAGGAAAAUUUCAAGGUACAAUUGCAUGAUGCAAACAAAAAAAUUGAAAAUCAUAUUCAUCAAUUACAUCAAACAGAAACGCGUUCAGCACAUUGUCGAAGUGUAGAAAAUGAACUUGAUUUAUAUAUGAUAAACAGUACGAAGAUUGACCGAGAUUUAGAAGAUCUGGAAGCAUCGGUCGAAGAAUUACAAAACGAUGUGAAAUCUAAACAAUGUUAUGUUACAAUGAAUGAUGUAGAAAGUUUUGCAUUAGUGCUCAGUACAAUUAGUCGAUCAUUAGUUGACUUGAAAGCUUCAUUUCCUGUAUUACGUGAGAAAAUCUGUUCACUUGGUCCACAGUCAACCUUGAAUGAGGAUCAGAAGUUUCUACAUGAAGAACCAGAAAGAUUAGAUUAUACUAUUAAGAAAUGUAAACGUUUAACAACAAUGCUCUAUCAAUUGAAACGCUUAGCAAUCACCCAAGAACAAAAAUCAUUUCCAUCUAAGUCACAACGUCGAUUUUCAUUUGGUUCGAAUGGAAAAGCUGUAGAUCGUAAACGAUUGUUAGAACAGAUUGAAACAGUUACUCAAAAUUCCGACGGCCGCGUUAAAGCGAUAGAAAAAGCAGAAAAAUUACGCGAACGUCGAUUGAAUUAUACGAAUCAGUUAGAAGUAUUGAAACAAAUGAAAUAUGCAUCCGAGCACAUGGAUGGACCCGAUCCAAAUCAAUGUUUUGAUACAAGAAGCUUAACCAAUUCUAUUCUACUUUCCUCGAGUACACGAACAAGUAUUUGUUCAGUGCAAUCAACAACCGAUUCAGUCGCAUUAUCAAAUAAUUGUCCAUCACCAUCUCUUUCCUAUAUUGUUCGUCAAGCACUCAUUUCUCCCACAAACUCAGCAGUGGCAUCCACAACUGAAUGUAAGAUGCGCCCGCAAUCUCUAAUCAAACCACCGUCGAAAGUCACCUUUUCUCAACAAUUAAUAACAAAUGGAAAAUCCUCAACGAAUUCACGUGAUCAUUCAACGGAUUCGUCUUUAUCAACCAAUGGCAUUUGUAUGAAUAAGAAAGGCAAGCCAACUCCGCCACCACGUACCCAAAGCACUUCCUCAUCGGCUGUUUCAAGUGCAGCAUCAUGCUCGUCCUCAUCCAGUUCAUCAACGUCAUCGAACAGCAGUGCUAAUUCACGUUCCAUGAACGGUUACUGUGGUAUUAUUCCACUUGUUAUUUCACCUGAUCGACGUCAUAAUGGUCGAUGUAACUCCUUUUCAUCUUCAAGUACAGAUACUGACUCGGUUAUAUCAAAUCCUCGUGGAACUGUUUCGCAUAAAUCACCGGCAAUAGUUAUCGCCAAACCAAAUUUAAUAUCAAAUGGUUACCAUCAUAAGACACCAUCGUCUACCAAUUCAACAACAUUAAUGCGUGCCUCCGUUACAGACUUAUAG